AUGAAGUCCGGGACGUUCUUCGCCUUCGCCUUCGCCUUCGCGCAACAUGUCGUCCUUCGCGCAACAUGUCGUCCUUCGCGCAACAUGUCGUCCUUCGCGCAACAUGUCGUCCUUCGCUUCCACCUUGGGACUGUCACGAUGCGGCUGUACGCCUCGCCCACCCCGUACACGACGGAUCCCAAGAAUUCACGCACGGCUUUUCAACGUCCUCCCCUCUCUCCCCUCGAGUCUACCCUCACCCUCCUCGGUCUAGGCGAAUGCCUCAACUCCGAACCCGUUCCCUGA